UGCGAGCGCCCACCACACAGAGACAUGUGUGUCAUCAUCGCUCUCAUCGUGAAGGAAUCUGCUUGAUUUCAUUUAGUAAGAUUCCGAUCUCUCUCUCACUCACGACACGCACAGUAUAGUGUUGCUUUGGUGAGGAUCGAUCGAAGAACGAGAGAAGAUGGAGAGCGACUCCGAGAUGGUGGCGUUGCCUCUGUUACCGACUCCGAUAGAAUCAAACUACAGAGCUUGCACCAUUCCUUAUCGAUUCCCUUCUGAUAAUCCCAGAAAAGCUACUCCCACUGAGAUCUCUUGGAUCGAUCUCUUCUCCAAUUCCAUCCCUUCUUUCAAGGAACGAGCAGAGAGCGAUACAACCGUUCCAGAUGCUCCAGUUCGAGCUGAAAAGUUUGCCAAAAGGUAUGCGGAGAUUCUUGAGGACUUGAAGAAGGAUCCAGAUAGCCAUGGUGGACCACCAGAUUGCAUUCUUCUCUGCAGAAUCCGUGAGGUAAUGCUAAGAGAAUUAGGAUUUAGGGACAUCUUCAAGAAAGUUAAGGAUGAGGAGAAUGCUAAGGCUAUAUCUUUAUUUCCUGAAGUUGUCCGUCUGAGUGAUGCUAUUGAAGAUGAAGGAAAACGCAUAGAGAAUCUGGUAAGAGGGAUAUUUGCUGGAAACAUCUUUGAUCUGGGUUCUGCACAGCUAGCUGAGGUUUUCUCUAAGGACGGAAUGUCAUUUUUGGCUAGUUGUCAAAACUUAGUUCCACGACCAUGGGUUAUUGAUGAUUUGGAUAACUUUCAAGCUAGAUGGGUCAAGAAGCCUUGGAAGAAAGCAGUUAUAUUUGUCGAUAAUUCUGGUGCAGACAUAAUUUUGGGUAUCUUGCCGUUUGCUAGAGAAAUGCUACGUCGAGGAAUGCAGGUGAAGCAUCCAGAAGUAGCACAAUUUCUUGGAGGACGUCUUUAUGACUGUGUCAUCAAAUACAAUGAAGUCCAGAGUUAAUUAUAUAUUUCACAACCUCAUUUUUACUGAACUCCUCCGAUAAUUUUAUCAUGUCAUAUAAAACAGCUCUUAUUAGGCUUUGUAACUUAGAGAUCCAAAUCCUACUCUCUGUCGACAUUCAGAUCUAAGAAUUUAUGACUUUUUGAAAUUCUUCAUGAAAAA